GCGUCUCGCUCGCGCUGUUCCGCGCUCGCGUCACUCGCGUUGACUCGCGUGGUCUCGCGUCUGAUCGCAAAUAUUUUAUUACCUUCUCGCGUUGUUGUUGUUGUUUCUCGUUGAAUUAAUCUGCUCAGCGUCUUCUAAAAUUCUCGAAAAAUGGCGGAGUUUGUGGAGAAGCGGUGCCAGGACAUGAUUCCUGAGCUGGAGCAAAUGGAGAGGAUCAAGCUCUUUGAUAAAAACGAGAUUCGGAGCAUCGCCAAGAAACUCAAAGAAUACGAGUAUAAAAUUCAACGACACACAAAGUGCAAGGAGGACUAUCUUCGGUACAUACAGUACGAAAUGGAUCUGCUCAAGUUGAUCAAGCAACGGAGGGAUAAAUAUGGUAUUACUCAAAAGAGAUCGGUCAUCGACUACGCUAUAACCAACAAGAUGAAUAACUUGUACAAAGACGCGAUAUGUAAAUUUCAAGACGACAUCCGAUUUUGGAUCGCUUAUAUGAAGUUCUGUAAGCAUGUGCACUUCCACAGCAAUAUAAACCACAUGUUAGGCAGGAUGCUGCAAGUGUACAGAGACAAGCCCAAGUGCUGGCACAUAGCGGCGUGUUGGGAAUUGGAGGAGAACAAGAAUAAACACAACGCACGACAGUAUCUCCUUAGAGGCUUACAGAUCCACCCUGACUCGCAGUUGUUGUACAUUGACGCUUUCAAACUCGAACUGGACAAUCGCCUAGCGACAGCCCCUAACGCUGAAAAUACCGAGAAUCAGGAAGGCAACCCGGUACCGGCGACGACAGACGACAGCGAAAUACCACUUCCAUUGAAAACGGCGUUCUUUAUAUACCAACAGGCUUUCGAUUGCGUUAAGGAUAUUAAAUUUAUCAUAAAAUUGCUCGACAUCACAAUGGAAUAUGACAAUGUCGAACAACUGCAGAAGAGAAUAAUCGACGACAUGUUUCGGGAGUAUGCUCACGAGCCCUUGGUGUGGGAUACCAUGGCGCGUCGCGAAUUGCAGGGUCUGGCGCAUCCGGGCUUCAGCGACACGCCGAUGGAGGUGGAGAAUGCCGAGCAGAUCUCUUUGAGGGAUCGCAUCACGAAGUGCAACAAGGUCUACCAGACGGCCGUAAAGAAAAUCAAAAACGAAGAAAUCUGGUCGUUGUACAUAGAUUGCUUGCUGGAGAUUAAUCGCGAUCUGCGGUCGUUGCCGAAUUUCAAGAGAAAACUCCUGAAAACUGCCCUGAUGCAGGCCCAUCAAGCGAAAAAGCUAAAAGAGGAACAUUACUUACACUGGAUUGAUAUAUUGAACACCAAUGGCGAGAACGACGAGGGCGUGCGGAAAAAAUUAGACGAAGUGCUGCGCGGAGCGACCGACGCUCUGCCAAACAGCGUCGGCAUUUGGCACGCGCGGCUCAAUCAUUUGUUGCGGUGUGGCCUGGAGAAAGAGGCGUACGCUAUGUUUCCGAAGGUAACGGAGAUAUUGGGCGAGAAAGCGUUACCCCUGUGGAAAAUGCGGAUCUUGCAUGCCCAGAUAAAGAGUUCGGAAGAGGCGGAGGAGAGCUUUCAAGCGGCCCUGCAGGCGCAUCCGCUGAUCGCCAGAGAUGUCAAGCCCAUGUGGCUCGAAUGGCUCGUUUUAACAAAAGGCAUCCGUGCAGUUCGCAAGGCGUACGAGAGCCUCUGCCUUCAACCGCCCACCUCGUUGGACUUCCACAAGAAGAUGAUCACGCUGGAGCUCGUGCAGCCGGAGACUCUGCCGAAGUACGUGCGGCGGCCUUACGAAAAGGCGAUGAUGCACUUCGGGACUAAGGACACGUCCAUCUGGAUAGACUACAUCAAGUACGAGAUGAAGCACGGGGACCCGAAGAGGGCCAGCGACAUCCACGAGCGGGCGGUCAAGACGUUAGAUCGCAGCUUAACGUAUUCCUUCCUUCAGGAUUACAGUCUGAUCGCGGCGAAACCCGAUUCCAUAAAAUGAUGCCGGCCAUAAAGCGUGCACCAUUUUGUACAUACAUCAAUUAUUUGUAAUUACUAGAGUAAUAUAUCGAAUUUUUCGAUAUAUUACUCUACAUAUAUAUGCAUAUCGAUAUAUAUGUCUGUAUGAACGAAUGUAUUUCAUCGAGAUCUAAGAUUAAGGUAUAUGUAUAGUCUUAAAAAUUUCCAUAAAUUUACAAAGUAACGUAGUGCAGUCAAUGAUUGCAGAAAUAUAUAACGAAGGUCUAAAACAA